AAUUUAAAGAACAGGGAGUUAAAACUCAUCCCUAAAUUCAAAUUUGAUGAUUUGCAACAAAAUUCCCAGUUAGCUCGGUUGACCUUGCAAUCUCGGCCAGAAGAUGUCUAUUUCUGUGAAGCGGAAGACGGUGCUUUCGCCGCAGGAGCUCCUGAAGACCCUCAAUCUCUCCGGCGACGAGGAGCUGGACCAGCAGAUCCAGAACUGGGUUUUGUGGGACCGCAACGAGGCGACACUUAACCAGGUUCUGGAGGCGGUCAGGGACGAGGACUGGGAGGCUCUGCGCGUGAGGCUGUGCCACAGGAUCACCUACUUGGCCACCGGACUGAGGGGAGGAAUGCGAGCGGGGUUCGACUCCCUGAACGAUGUGGUGAUCAUCGAGGCGGCCCAGGGCAUUUGUGCCUACCUCAUCGAUGCUUAUCCGAGUAUCCAGAAGCGGCAAACCCAGGGAAUUGUGGUCGGUUACGAUGGGCGGUACAACAGCAAGCGAUUCGCCCAAUUGAUUGCCACUGUGUUCCUCAACAACGACUUCAAGGUGUUUCUCUUCACCCGGAUGACCCCGACUCCAUUCAUCCCCUUCACCAUUGUGACCCUCAAUUGCCUGGCGGGGAUCGUGAUCACCGCCUCGCACAAUCCCAAGGAGGACAAUGGCCUCAAGGUCUACUGGUCGAAUGGAGCUCAGGCGAUGGCGCCGCACGAUCAGCGGAUUCGUGACUACAUGAUGAAGAACCUGGAGCCGAAGCCCUCGUCUUGGGAAACCUCCCAGCUGGUCGAUCACCAGAUGGUGGAGGAUCCCUAUCGACAGAUCUAUCCACUGUUCUAUGAGACCUUGAAGAAGCUCCUUCCUCCGGUUUAUCUGGAGACCAAUGAGUGCAGUCAGCUGAGGUUCGUUUACACACCUCUCCACGGAGUUGGGUUUCCCUUCAUGAGAGAGGCCUUCUACCAGGCAAGACUUAAGCCGGUGAUUCCCGUCCUAGAGCAGAAGGAUCCCGACCCGGAGUUCCCCACUCUGGUCAAUCCAAAUCCAGAAGAGGGCAAAGAUGCCUUUAAGUUGGCCAUCAGAAAGGCGGAGGCGGAGCACUGCACCCUGGUGCUGGCCAAUGACCCAGAUGUGGAUCGCCUGGCCAUUGCUGAGUUGAAUCCCCGUGGUCGCUGGAAGAUAUUCAAUGGCAACGAAAUAGCCGCCUUGCUGGGAUGGUGGGCUCUGGAGAACUACAAAACCCGAACUCCAAAGCCAAUUGUCUCCAAUUGCGUGAUGAUAUCCACACUGAUCAGUUCCCGAAUCCUUUCGGCAAUGGCAAGAAUUGAAGGAUUCGUUUUUGUGGAGGGAUGGCCCAGUUUUCCCUGGAUGGCACAUCGAGCAUUGGAGCUGCAAAAAUCCGGGAGGACAGUACUCUUCGCAUUCGAGGAUUGUUUUGGUUACAUGUUCGGGAUGAGUUUGCCGGACAAGGAUGGCAUUGGAGCAGCCAUGCAGUUGGCCUCCAUGGCGUGUUACCUUCGCAGCACCAGGAAUGUGACUCUGAUCGAGAAGCUGAGGGAGAUUUACGAAACCUACGGCUAUCACUCCUCGACUUCCUCGGUUUUCGUGGCUGACAGUCCCGAUGAUAUCGUCAGUAUUUUUGACCACUUGCGGAAUUUCAAGGAGGGCGGAGGAUAUCCCAAUUGCAUUUUGGAGGGCGAAUUCGAGGUGGUCCAUAUCCGGGAUCUGACCACCGGACUGGACACCUCCUAUAGCGAUGAAAAGGCUCGCAUGCCCAUCAAUCCGGAUGCCCAGCUGAUCACCUUUACCUUUACCAAUGGCUAUAUAGUCACCCUUCGAUCGGCUGCCAACGAUCUCAAGAUCAAACUCAACGCUGAAAUCUGCGGUUUGCCGGAGGAGAGGGAGUGGGAGGAGCUCCACGACAAGCUCACCCGGAUGACCAAUGCCGUUGUGGAGGAGUUCCUGGCGCCCGAGGAGACUGGUCUCGUGGAUGCCUCCGUAAUUCAACCUGUUUAGUUUAGUAAUUUUGGAUUAUAAGGUUUUAUUAAAUAAAAUAAAGUUAAUAAAAUCAAAAA